UUCAUCCACAGCCGGAUCUAUGAGAUCCUCCCUCAGCGCAUACAGCAGUGGCAGCAGAGUCCAUGCAUCGCUGAGGAGCAUGGUAAGAAGCAGCUGGAGCGCAUCCGUCGGGAACAGCAGAACGCCCGGCUCCGCCUUACAGAGAUGGAGCGACGCUUCCACGAACUGGAAGGCAUCAUCGCUAAGGCCAAGCAGCAGGCGGUUCAGCAGGACGAGGAGGUGAAUGAAGGUGAUAGCGAGGACACAGACCUGCAGAUUUUCUGUGUGUCUUGUAGUCAUCCCAUCAAUCCAAAAGUGGCACUGAGACAUAUGGAGAGAUGUUACGCAAAGUAUGAGAGUCAGACCUCCUUUGGUUCUAUGUACCCUACAAGAAUAGAAGGAGCAACCAGACUCUUCUGCGAUGUGUACAAUCCCCAAAGCAAAACAUAUUGUAAGAGGCUUCAGGUUUUGUGUCCAGAGCAUUCCAGAGAUCCUAAGGUCCCAGUGGAUGAGGUGUGUGGGUGUCCUCUGGUGAAGAAUGUGUUUGAGCUGACGGGAGAUUACUGCAGGGUCUCUAAAAGGAAAUGCAACAAACAUUACAACUGGGAAAAGCUCAGGAGAGCAGAGGUGGACUUGGAACGAGUGAGGGUGUGGUACAAGUUGGACGAGCUCUUUGAACAGGAGCGUAACGUCAGGACUGCUAUGACCAACAGAGCUGGCCUUCUCGCUCUGAUGUUGCACCAAACCAUUCAGCACGACCCGCUGACAACCGAUCUGCGGUGCAACAAGGAUAGGUAGUCGACCUAGUCUGCAUCAGUCUGUCGAACACUGUACAUAACGUGAGAUUUGAGUGUUGAAGAUUUAAACUUGUAGAACAAUAACAUCCAUGUGGAUGAUUUUAUAACUAGAAUUUUUUUUUAUCUUUGUAUGAUACUAAACUAUAAAAGGUAAAUGGAUCCAUAUUUUUCCUGACUGUGGUAGAUGAACUACUGCUGAUUGAAAACUGCUGUUUUUGGUAUGAUGGCUCUAAAUAAACACCUCAAACAUGCU